AUGCAAGGAAAUGAGAGACAAACUGCUAAUUAUGGAGGCAAAAUUUUCUUACCUCCCUCUGCAUUAGCCAAAUUAGCGGGUUUAAGCAUAGUAUAUCCUUUGUUGUUUGAACUUCGAAAUGCAGAUAAACAAAUACAUACUCACGCUGGAGUUCUUGAAUUUAUUGCAGAAGAAGGUCGCGUUUAUUUGCCUCAUUGGAUGAUGCAAACCUUAUUAUUAGAACAAGGUGAUCUCCUCGAAAUCAAAAAUGCAAAUUUACCGUUAGGAGAAUUUGUUAAGAUUCAACCUCAGACUCCGGAUUUUUUGGACAUCAGUGAUCCAAAAGCUGUGCUUGAAAAUGCAUUGCGAAAUUUUGCAACUUUGACACAAGGCGACAUUAUUCAAAUUAAUUAUAAUAAUAAAAUAUAUGAAAUUUUGGUAUUAGAAACGAAACCCUCAAACGAUGGAAUUUCUAUUGUGGAAACUGAUUUAGAAGUUGAUUUUGCUCCGCCUGUAGGAUAUGUUGAACCAAAACCUCAACCAAAAGAUACUAUGGCUAACAAAAUAAAGUUUGAGGAACCAGCUGCGGAACCUACUAAAGGCUUUCUAGCUUUUCAGGGUGAUGGACAACGAUUGAAUGGAAAAGCCAUAAAAGAUGAGACAAAUUCAGAGAGUUCAAAUGUUCAUGAUUUAGGCUCGGGUGAGAAUAUUCCAGCACCAUUGAAUUUACCUUUUGGGAAAUUAUUCUUUGGGUAUAAAAUUAUUCCUUUAAGCAAUGUUAACAAUGAAGUACAUGACCAGUCAUAG